CCGCCCUGUGCACAGCCACAGCUGCAGGAGCCUCAGGGCUGGCAGGAGCUGGAACGGCUCUGGGCUGCUCCUAGUCGAUGAGGGAACAUCACAGCAUCACCACUGAUAGCCAUUUCUGUAAGAGCUCCUUCCGUUUCACCACGCCUGUGUCCUAAAACCAGUGCCAACAUAAUGCCAACAUCCUCCUCUGUCCUUGCAUGCCAGUGUAGUAAGGCAGGUGGCACUGCUUGUGGAGCAACCCAUGUAUUUACAACUACAAUGCUUCUUAUAUUUACGUGGCCUGAUACCAGCGGUAUUCUAGUAGUCCCCUGCAGUAUUGGCUGCAAAGCUCACUGCAAUAGCUCUGCAGCUGUGGACUAAAAAGUGACAGCAAUGUAAUGUGAGAGGACCAGGAGGAAAGAACGCAGUGUGCCCCGGUGGCGCAGUGGUAGAAGUGCCGCUUGCAACAACGGAGGCCCUGGUUCGAAUCCCCCUGUGGCGCAAGUGGUAGAAGUGCUGCUCUUCUACACAGGAGGCACGAAUCCCGGGGGUUGGUCUCGAUGAUCUCUAAUGUACCUUCCAACCCGCACGAGACGGUGAUACUGUGAGCUGAAACAAGGAGCUUGGGGUACAAAAUUUGAAGGGGAUUUUCUACAUGGAACUUUCUGAUGCCAUGGCAGGCGGGGGGGAAGGAGGUCACGAGGAGCUGUCGGUGCUUCUCUCGUGGACGCACGGGCAAUGGGAGGCUGCGGGCAGACAGCCCGUGCGUGGGGGCAGCCGUGAUGUGGCUGGCCGAGGCCCGGGCAUCCUCCUUCAUGCACGCAGAGGUGCACAGAGAUCAACCUAGUGCCCGGACUCUCCGAGUGCCGGGACGCCGAGCUCCGCCUCUGCCCCCAGCUCUGCCUCGCGUCCCGCCCCCUGCCCGCUCCAUCCUCCGCCGAAGGGGCUGCGGGGCCGGGCCGGGCGGAGCGGUGGGUGCUGCCCCGCCCCGGCCCGACGAGGAGUGUCCCGAGCGUGGUCCCGCUCUGCUCCUGUCCGCCUCCCGGGCAGACGGUAACGGCGAGAUGGUGGCCGGGCUUGGGCCGUGGCUGCUGGCCUUGGCCUUGGGGCCGGCAGGAGUGUGUGCAGAAUGGAGACUGGAAGCAUAUGGAGGAGGUGUGCAAGCACCUGGAGAGUCUGUGCAGCUCUCUUGCCGUGGUUCUGGCUUCAGCUUUGGAGAUUAUCCUGUAUGGUGGUACCGUCGGGCACUCAGUGGCCAUCUUGAGUGGCUGUCCACUACCAGCACUGGCUCAUAUGUAUCUAAAUACAGCUCUGAGGUGCAGGGUCGAGCUACGGUUUCUCGAGACGAUUCCCGAUCUGUGUCCUCUCUGUAUCUACGCACCCUGCACCCACACGACUCAGCGCACUACUUCUGUGCUGUUCACACAGGAACAGGAAAUCCUGCAGAACUCUAACAAAAAUCCCCUGCAGGAGCCUCAGGGCUGGCAGGAGCUGGAAUGGCUCUGGGCUGCUCCUAAACAUUGCUGGAACAUCACUGCACACCACAGGUGACCCUGUCCUUUCCGCGAAGUCUCCAUUCACUUGGUCACUCCUUUCAUUCUCCUGAGUCACAAAAGCAGUGGUGUUACCUGAAGGUGUUAUUCAGUAUGAUUCUGGUCAACAAGUCAGCUUGGCCACUUUGCCCACCUUCCUACCUACAUCAUGUCUGCACCUGCUCUUGGAUGACUUCUUCCUUGUAUACUCAAAAGCACUUGUUUACUUCUAGCAACAGCAUCUCCUGCUUCCAUUUUUCACGUGUUCCAUGGGCUUUUUCCACGUCUCUAUGAGCAAAGCAGUGGAUGAAUAGCUCUCAUGUAGUUCCACGGGUAUUUCAAAGCAAUGUAAUCCAGCAAACACAAUCUGUAGUGUUGCAGCAAACUGGGCAAACUGAGAUGUUUCAGUUUACAUAGGUUACUCGGCAAAUGUCUUACAUUUGAUUCUGAAGAUGCUGUAACAAUUUAAAAGAGAGUAAUAAAGCUGUUUCAUUGAUUGGAA